GUUCUGAAAAACACCGGAAGAGUUAACGUCGUUGCAGUAACCUUGAGUCUUCCGGUCCUGUCAAAAUGGCUCGUUUGCUUCCAUUUAAUAUUGCGGUUGUUUCUACGGUUUUUCUUUUCGUAUGCACGAAAUCUGUAUGUUGUAAUAACGGCAGACGGGUCGGUGAUGCCUUGGACACCGAGUUCAGUGGGUUCUCUGUGCCUCUUGAACAUUCAUUCGAAGUCGAUGAUGUUGCAAAGUUUCGAGUACGUGGUGCGCUGUUGUUGAAGGCUGGACGGGAGCCGGGCGUCUUGCUGAAUCAGAACCAGCUGUCGGAGGAAGACAGAACCAAACUGAAGGAAGUGGCCGCAGUGGACGGCCUGUACAGAAUCCAAGUGCCUCGUGUUUUCCUGCUGGCGGACAGGCAGACGGAGCGGCAGAUGGAAGGUUACCUCACAGCGUUCGUCAGAGCCUGUGCCAUGGUUGAGUCCCACCUGAGCGACUCGAUCACCCUCCACACCGACGUAUCUGGGUAUCUUAUCGGCGUCUCCAUAGUGACGUUACCCGGCGCCUGCAGGGGGACUGAGGUCGAGGACGAGGUCGAUCUGGAGGUUUUCAACACCACACUCCAUGUCAUGCCGCCUGUUAAUGCAACUGGGCCUGGGACGGCUUGGUUCAUCGAACGGAUGGAGCAGGAAUCUGAGAAGAAAUCAAAGAAUCCACAAGAGCAGAAAUCUUUCUUUGCUAAAUAUUGGUAUUUGAUUCUGGGAGGUGCAAUCUUCCUCAUGGCCUCCAAUUCGGCACAGCCCCCAGCAGGGGGAGGCAGAGAGCAGAGCUGAUGCCCACUGAAUGGAUGUACAUCGUUCCUCUCGUCCUCUUCCUGAUGAUGUCCGGCGCUCAGGACCAAUCGGGAGGAGGAGGCGGGGGCGGAGCCGCCAACGGAGGUGGCCGAUGAUCGGCACGCUGACAGCGUCUUUUUGUUCAUGUGAAAAUUUACUGUACAACAAUAAUUCUCUUGGAACAGUUUUUAAUGGCUGUACAUAAUGCUAUUUCAUUUUACAUCACACACACACAUAACUGAAACCUGUACAGUAUAGAGGAGAUAUUGUGCCCCGCAGACGUCUGCAUUUUUAAUACUAAUGUGGAAAUAAAGUAUUUAUGCCUUGAAUAUUUUCAGGCUCUUGGUUUUCAACUACAAGUUCUGUUUUACUCUUGAGGCUCAGAUCAAGUUGUUACACCAGAGCAGCAACAUGAAAUACAUGAUAUUUGCAAGAUAUUCAGCUGCCUACUUGUGCUAAAAUAAUUACUUUUCACAUUUUUUUGAUUAUUUACUCUGAUGUGAUGCUUGGAGUAGAAUAAUCUCACCAAAAUGAAAUUGAUGGAUGCAAAUGGUGCAGAGAAAAGGAGACAUUAUGCUCAUAUUCAGGUUCAUAAUUUAAAUUUAGUUUAUCACUUGAAUCAGCUGAAUAAGCAUAAUAUGUCUCCUUUAAAACCACUGUCAUUUUUUGGAGUAACAUAGCCGAGGGUCUCACAUCCACCACUUAUAAUUGUUUUUAUAAUAUUUGAUUCAACUUGACAUUCAGUGUAUUUUCUGUGUUGCCUCUUUGAUGCACAAAUGUAGACGUACAUGACGUCAGGCACGACUCAAGAUGAAGAAUAAACCUGUAAUCUGUGUGUGAACUCUCCAGAGCCGAAUGUGGCACUAUGCUGCUUUGACAUACAGGAAGUUGCAGUUUUUUGUCUGAUGUUGUCCAUUCAAAUUAUUGUGAAAAUCACGAAUGUUGCACUGCGUUUAAUAUGACAAUUUUAUGUUUUAAAUUUAAUUUCAAUAUUAAAAAAACUUAUUUUGCUCAUCAAUUUACACUCAAUAACCCAAAAUGACAGAGAAAACAUGUUGAUAAUUUCAAAUUUUUAUGAUCAAUGUGUAUCAUAUUAUUGGAAUUUAACUAAUGAUUUAUUUAUAUGUACAUUAAAUGCUGCAGCUGGAUUAAUUUCCCCAAGGGGAUCAAUAAAGUUUUAACCUGUGUCCAAUAA